AUGGUCGCACCAUUCGCGGUUCUCCGAACAGGCGCCCGCCAGCUGGCGUAUAAUUCGCUGCGCAAUGCUGCGCUCAGAUCGUCUCGCGUGUCGCCGCUGACGGCCUGCAGGCAAUGCUUGCAGCUUUCCCGUUUCCAGCAGACGCAAUCAGCCCGCAGAGCCGUCCACUCGAGCUCUGGCGCCGACACCGACAGCCUCCAGCCCCGGGACCUUCUCUCUCCACUAGACACAUUUCCACGCCGACAUAUUGGCCCUGGCGCAGAUGCCACAGAGCAGAUGCUGGGUGCUUUAGACCCUCCAGCGAAAAGCCUCGACGAAUUCGUCCAACAAGUACUUCCCGGGGAUAUCUUGACUGCCAGGAACCUCUCGGUUACCGAGCCAAAAUCCGCAGCGGGACUCCGCAAAGACGGCGUGCUGGGUGGACUUGGAGAAAAGGAUAUGAUCAAGUUGCUCGAGUCGUACAAGGCAAAAAUCGACGCGACGGGUAAAUCAUUCAUCGGGUGCGGGUAUUACUCGACCGUGGUGCCACCCGUGAUCCAGAGAAACGUUCUCGAAAACCCUGCUUGGUACACCAGUUAUACUCCUUACCAGCCGGAGAUCAGCCAAGGUCGGCUCGAAUCCCUCCUAAACUUUCAAACUCUGACGGCCGACCUGACCGGUCUCCCCGUCGCCAAUGCGUCCGUCCUCGAUGAGGGAACCGCUGCCGCCGAAGCGAUGACCAUGUCAUGGGCCACCCUCCCUAUGAGCAAGCAGAAACAAGAUGGAAAAGUCUUCGUUGUGUCGCACCUCUGCCACCCGCAGACCAUUGCUGUCCUGAGGUCUCGUGCGGAAGGAUUUGGCAUCAGACUGGAGAUUGGCGACAUCAUGGCAGAGGAUUUUAAGCUUGUUAAGGGUCAAGGAGAUCGACUAAUUGGUGUCCUCGCGCAGUAUCCCGAUACCGAGGGAGCAGUUCUCGACUUUGAAAACCUGAGCAACCAAAUCCAUGCCCAAGGCGGGACCUUCUCGGUUGCCACUGACCUCCUCGCUUUGACUGUUCUGAAAGCUCCUGGAGAAUUUGGCGCCGACAUUGCAUUCGGAAACGCACAGCGAUUGGGUGUACCCAUGGGUUUUGGUGGUCCUCAUGCCGCCUUUUUCGCCUGCACUGAUAAGUACAAGCGUAAGAUCCCUGGCCGUAUUGUUGGUGUUUCCAAAGAUCGCCUCGGCAACCGAGCCUUGCGACUAGCCCUACAGACCCGCGAACAGCAUAUCCGCAGAGAAAAGGCCACUAGCAACAUUUGCACGGCGCAAGCUCUUUUGGCCAAUAUGACUGCCAUGUAUGCCGUAUACCACGGCCCAAAGGGCCUGAAGGCCAUCGCCGAACGUAUCAUGGCGUUGACCACUCUUCUGCGCCAGAAUCUGGAGCUGUUAGGAUUCAACGUGCUCGCGAGAGGAAAUGCCUUUUUCGAUACCCUAACUAUUGAGGCCAAAGACGCCUCCGAGGCAGAUUCGAUUGUCACCUCUGCUCUAAAUUCGGGAUUGUAUCUUCGACGAGUGAGCCCCACCAAGGUCGGCAUCUCGCUGGACGAGAGUGUCGGUGUCGAUGAGUUGAAAGAACUCCUGUCUGUAUUUGCAAGUAUUUCUUCGAAGGGUGGAGCCGAAGUUUUGAACGUCAAGGAUGUUCCGUCUAUCGAACUUCCUGCAAGCGUCAAGCGGACGUCUUCCUAUCUUACCCACCCUGUAUUCAACACCCACCAUUCCGAAACCGAAAUGCUGCGCUAUAUGCAGCACCUUGUGUCAAAAGAUCUAUCUCUUGCCCAUUCCAUGAUUCCUCUCGGAUCCUGCACCAUGAAAUUGAACGCCACCACGGAAAUGGUCCCCAUCACAUGGCCAGAGUUCUCGACCAUGCAUCCCUUCACUCCCGCUCAAAAGGUGGAAGGUUAUGUCGACAUGGUCGAGGACUUGGAACAACAGUUAGCAGAUAUUACCGGCAUGGCCGAAGUUACCAUUCAGCCCAACUCUGGAGCUCAAGGAGAAUUCGCAGGCUUGCGAGUUAUCAAGAAGUACCAAGAUAGCAUUGGUGAACCCGGAAAGAGGAAUAUCUGCUUGAUUCCUGUUUCUGCGCAUGGUACCAACCCUGCCAGCGCUGCCAUGGCUGGUAUGAAAGUUGUCACGGUGAAGUGCGACACUGCCACCGGAAAUCUCGACCUUGCAGACCUUCGCGUUAAGUGCCAGAAACACAAAGACGAGCUGGCGGCAAUCAUGGUCACCUAUCCUAGCACAUUCGGCGUCUAUGAACCCACUAUCAAGGAAGUUUGCAAUAUCGUUCACGAGCAUGGCGGUCAGGUGUACAUGGACGGCGCCAACAUGAACGCUCAAAUUGGCCUUUGCUCCCCCGGAGAGAUUGGCGCUGACGUCUGCCACCUUAACCUUCACAAGACCUUCUGCAUUCCUCAUGGCGGUGGCGGGCCCGGCGUUGGGCCUAUUGGUGUUGCUGAACACCUCCGACUCUUCCUCCCCUCUCAUCCUCUGAGCGAACCUCUUCUAGCCAAACGGUCAUCUUCCGUUGACUCCCCUCCAAUCUCUGCUGCGCCCUUUGGAAGCGCAAGCAUCCUUCCGAUCACGUUCUCUUAUAUCAACAUGAUGGGCUCCAAGGGCCUCACUCACGCUACUAAGAUCACCCUCCUGAACGCCAACUACCUUCUUUCCCGCCUCAAGCCGCACUAUCCCAUUCUCUAUACGAACACCAAUGGCCGCUGCGCCCACGAGUUCAUCCUAGAUGUCCGCAAAUUCAAAGCCACCGCUGGCGUUGAAGCCAUUGACAUCGCUAAACGCUUGCAGGACUACGGCUUCCAUGGGCCGACCAUGUCUUGGCCCGUUGCCAACACCCUGAUGAUUGAGCCCACCGAGUCCGAGCCCAAAGCUGAGCUCGACCGAUUCUGCGAUGCGCUUAUCUCAAUCCGUGAGGAGAUCGCGGCGAUCGAGCGUGGAGAACAGCCAAGAGAGAAUAACGUGAUGAAGAUGGCACCUCACACCCAGCGCGACUUGCUUGCCACGGAGUGGGAUCGUCCGUAUACGAGAGAGAAGGCAGCCUAUCCACUGCCGUGGUUGCUGGAGAAGAAGUUCUGGCCUACUGUGACAAGAGUGGAUGAUGCUUUCGGCGACCAAAACCUCUUCUGCACUUGCGGCCCGGUUGAAGACUCAGAAUAA